AUGGUGCCACAUUCCAUUAGAAAACGCAAAGAGCCCUCAGACAGCCCUGCUCAGCAUGACACUCAGCUGUCAAAGAGACGACGAAAUGAAAAGAAACAAGGGCAAAGAGAAAUAGCAGGCAGCCAGUACAGUAGAUCAGGUGCCUCCCGUGCUAAGGAUAUAAAAAGCUAUACCCCAAUGACCCCACCAUCGUUAACUGCUAAUACAGUUAAUGAUUGGUCAUCACCCUCGUCGUGGAUGCGAUCAAGCAAUUAUAACAAUCGCAAUCCCAACACACCGUCGUCAAAUAGUGGUAUAGCUAACGAUGUCUCGUCGUCCUACUCGUGGACGCGAUCAAGCAACUGUAAUAAUCGCAAUCCCAACCAAAUGCACAGAACGCUUAUGCGUGGUCCAGCAACUAAAUUGGAAACGAUAUGGGAAUCAGUAUGGGAAUCUGAACCAUACCUUGUGCCUCAAGCAAAAGAUGACGAGGCAACUGCAAUAUCGAAUCGAAAUGGCGCGGCUGCUAUCUAUGUACGUUCUUCUCACGAUACAGCAGCAACAGCCUUGUUAUCAACAGUGGUAUCAUCGGCAUCAGUUAAAUCCACUGGUUCGCAACCUGACCACGUUAUCCAGACUGAUGCAGUAGAGGGCUCCACAGCUUUGAUCAGCCCAAAACCCAGGCCCCAUGAGUAG